AUGAUGACAUAUGGGUCCAAACACUACCACUAUGGUAGAUCACCUCGUCAAGAAAUGUUGGACGACAUGAGGGAGGAGCUGAUGAAAACCAAAAAGGCAAAUGCGCAGCUUGCUUUGGACAAUCGUCUGCUAACCACAAAGCUACAACGACUGACGAAAGAAAUCAAAAUAUACUCUGGUACAACUCCUCCGAAGAAUGAACAUGCGGAACAUGCACAUUAUCAUGCCUCGAGCUCUAGUUCUCAAUCGCGUUCUAAAACUCCACAGAAGAAAAGAGGACGUUCAAAACAAAGACAGCGUUCGGAGAAGAUAGAUGAGAACAAGACCCAAACCACCGUGCAACUCAUCCAUGCAGAAACUAGUACUGAAGAGAAAACUGUUGAAGAAAGCGAACUGUCGAAUCAGAUACGAGUGCUUCACGAAAAAAAUAAGAAGAAGUUGAAAGUGGCAAAAGCUUAUGCGGAGCAAAAUCGCAAAUUGAAGGAACGACUUAAACAGAUGAGGGAGGAAUUCCAUGAACUAAGGAAGAAUCAGUCGAAGAACCCAAGCGGAUCCGCUACUCCUUCAAUUCAGUUGAACGGUCUGGAAGGUCAGCUUGUUGAUUUGAUGUCGAGGCUGGAGUCUACGCGCAUACUGCAACAAAGUGAUGAGAAUGUAGGAUGUUUGGACGGCUCUUUUCAUCCUAAUGGGCAAGUCGUCAACACUGAUUUAAAUAGGGAAGAGCAUCGUAACGGAAUCGCUAGCAAGUCCUCACCUUCUGCCGAUGACCAGGUUCCAUCUGAUGUGCUUCUUUACGUCAUUGGCGAGUUGGCCACGGCACACAACGAGCGUCAGAGUAUCUUGAUAAAGCUGAAUGCUAGCUAA